UUUUAUUUUAUCUUCAAUCAUUUUAAUUAGAUGAAGGUAAAUUUUGCAAUGGAAGACGAGUUAAAAUGUCCUGUAUGCCAUAAACUGUUUGUCGAUCCAGUCAUUUUACCUUGCACUCACAACUUGUGCUCUGAGUGCGCGGAAACUCUUAAAUCCAAGAACGGAACUGUGUGUGACCUUUCUCCUGAAGUGUUUGGUCGCUCUGUGGAUUUUGAUAAAGUGAGCCUCGUAGUGAAGCUGUGUUCAGCGACGCCGAUAGCGGUUACUCUGCCGGGUCUCUGAGAAGUAACUCAAGUGAUCAAGGAAGAACAAUUUCACUAUCUUCCAUAAACUAAUAACCCACAGCAGCCGUCAAGUCCGAUCGCUGCUUCUCCCAAUAGUCAGGGAAUACACCUGCCCUGUCUGCCUGAAAGCAUAUCUUGUUUAACUUGCCCCAUCUGCCAACGAACUGUAUUUCUCGAUGAUCGAGGAGUAGAGGGCCUGACCCAAAAUACACUAAUGCAUAAUAUUAUCAAGAAGUUUGAAACCCGUAACGGGACGCACGAAUCGUCUGGGGUUACGAAAGACAGUGCCGAAUGGGCGCUGCAAUCUUCAAACCAGAACUCGCUACCAAAAGGUGGCUCCAUUCAAGGCCAUACGUUUCAAGGAAACACUCCCAUAAUUCCUAAUAAAGAGCAGUUACACUGCGAAAUGUGUGAUAUAACUCUCCAACCCGCGUCUGUUAGAUGUGAACAGUGCCAAGUUCGUUACUGCGCUUGCCAACGUCGAUUCCAUCCUGCACGGGGCCCUCUUGCUUCGCAUACCAUUACCCGUCUUGUUCAAGGUAAUGGAAUCAUGCGUCAAAAUUCGUCAUCGUCAUCCGCAAGUAACGGAAAGACACAUACUCCCCUGUCAAGAAAAGGUCGCAGUCUUCCUCCGCCUAAAACUGACGGGGCCAAUGGUAAGCAAAAUGGAAUAAAACUUGCUCCAUGUCAUUUUCACGUCGUAGAAAACAUGAGCAUGUACUGUGAAGAGUGUCAAGUUCCUCUGUGCUAUCAAUGUCUGGAAGACGGAAGACAUCCAUCACAUGACGUUAAAGCUAUCGGAUCUACGUACAAGACGCAUAAGGCGGAUCUAAGUCGACAGAUGAGCGCAUUAUCUAAUAAAGCAAGACUUGCAAAAGAUUUGGUCAUGCAUUUGAGAUCUGUUCAAGACGAAAUACAGAAAAACAGCAUCGAUUUUGAAUCAAGAGCAGUCGCUCAAUGCAACGCAUUGGUGGAGGCUAUCAAUCACAAGAAACAAGAAUUAAUACAAAGAGUCACAGCUGAGAAAGAAGUAAAAUGCAAGAUCGUUCGCGAACAACUUCAGCAAUGCACAAUGAAGUUGAAACAGACGACAGGAUUAUUAGAAUAUUGCAUUGAAGUCAUGAAGGACAAUGAUCCAGCCCCGUUUUUGCAGGUUUCAUCCGGUUUAAUCAAGCGAGUUUCGGCAACUGAACAACAAUGGACAGAACACCAUUUGGCUCCCAGAACAAAAAGUGAAUUCGAUUUUGAUUUGGACGCCUCACCAUUGUUGCAAGCUAUUGAGGCUUUCAGCGUUACACAUAGGCGAGUGCCUGAAAAACCCAUCAUCAAAGUAGCGGAAUGUGCAUCCAAUAACAACACAGUUACAUUAUCGUGGGGAAUUCACCCGACAAGCAGUGUGGAAGCCUUUGUUUUGGAAUUAGAUGAUGGAGCAAGGGGACCAUUUCGAGAUGUAUAUCACGGAAAACAAACCGCGUGUACAAUCGACGGACUCCAUUUCAACAGCAUUUAUCGCGCCCGUGUCAGUGCGUACAAUAGAGCUGGUCGGAGCCCUUGCAGCGACGUUGUUCAACUUCAAACAUCAGAAGUUGCCAUUUUCCAUAUGGAUCCGGGACAUUCACAUCAAGAUUUCAAGUUCACGAAUAAUUAUUGCACCCUCAAUUGUACCAAUAUGGAGAACAAAGCAUCCUUGGCUAACAUAGGUUUUUCAAAGGGUGUGCAUUAUUGGGAGUACUCAGUCGACAGAUAUGACAGCUCGAACCCAGAUGUUGUUGUCGGAAUUGCGUAUGCGAAAGUGGAUAAAAAUUGCAUAUUGGGAAAAGACAAGAACGCUUGGUCAAUGUACAUAGAUGCAACAAGAACGUGGUUUCUUCAUAAGGGAGAGCAUACAAAUAGAUGUGAAGGAGGAAUUGAUGUUGGAUCACGACUCGGAGUUUUGUUGGAUUUGGACAAACAAUUGUUAACUUUUUACGUCGACCAGAAACAACGAGGGGUUUCAAUCUCUUUGGAAGACGAACUUGUUGAUCCUAAAACUAACAGACCUAAAACGCGAGUGUUCUUUCCGGCAGCUAGUCUUGACAGACAUGCACAGCUGACUCUUUGGACAGGUCAACACCACCCAACACAACCAAGACCAGCUUUAUAUCACAGUAAGAGUUUCACUGGUCCUACCAGAUCGAAUCCGUACAAAACCAGGAUGGUCGGGAAUCAUUCGAUUUGUACAAAUGCCGAAAAUGACUCGUUGAGAAACAGCAAAGCAUCAAAUUCCCCAACAUCAACCUUGCAGAAGCGAAGUCAAAGCAGUGGGGAUCUAAAAGGACAACAGCAGCCCCAUCAAAGAUUGUACAAUUCCUUGCCAUCUCAACCCGUUGUUAAAAUGAAAGCUCCCGAAAGGAAUUUUCACACAUUAGAAAAGCAACCCAGCAUCGCGGAACAGAAUUCAGAAACAAAUAAUGUCGUAGAGAAAAAGCUUGUAAAGCCGGCAAUCAAACGGAAACCUCCUCAAUUAAUGAAUGGAUAUCAGCAAACUCGUGGAAGGCAACAAGCCAACAGAAAAAGUUCCUUUAAAGUUCCACCAGUCCCUCCAAUAAGAAGAGGAAGUUCAAGCAGCAGCAUAAAUACCACAGGUAGUAGUAGCAAAAGCAAUGACGAGGACACUGUAAGCAACGGCUCAUUGAAAACUUUUCAAUAAAAGACUGUCAACGUUUUUGUUUUCCUCGGCGUAGUUUUCGUUUUGCCUCUUGCUUUAAGCGCGAGAUGACCUUGAGCGGCGCGGUACUGUGACUGCGACACACUUUUGGGCCGUCACUGUAAUUCCCUUACGGUCAACUGAAGACUCUUUUCUCUGUCAAGCAAACAUGACAUGGGAAAUAUAUGAGACAGACAUUGCAAGGUCUGUAACAUCUGUACAGCCGAUGCGAAGAGUAUACAUACUAAAAUGACAGCAAUCUUGUUCAAUCAAAAUAAUGUUUUUUGCUGUUCCAAUAAAGCGAGUUUCUGAUCUCACGAACUUAUAAAUAAUGUCGAGUUUCCAACUAUGUUGCUAUUCAUGAAAGCCAUAUAUAUAUAUACGUACAGUGCGAGAUUUUGAUCCAGGCGUUACAAUUCUUUUUUCUAAUAACAUGACAUUCAUCCACUACAAAAUAUAAGUAAUAUUUUCCGCAAUUUUGAUAAAGAGAUUCAAGCGCUAGCCUAGCUGAGCAGACUCGUGGUGUUGAUGUAACGUAAUGACUGGUUGCUAUUGUCGUUGGCAAAAAUAAAUUAUUGUCACGCAAAUUUGUAAGAUCCUUUUUCACUUUUUAAACAGACUCAAAAUUUUAAAUAUGCUUAUAUUUGAAACUCAAUUACAGUUGUACUUAUUAAUUCAUUAUCACACAUAUUUCCUUGUACAUAACAAAAUGCACGUCUACUUUUCAUUUGAUAUGGACAUUAUUCGUUAAAAUAGCAAUGUGGAUAAUAUUAAAUAAAGUCACAUUUUUGGUUUUAUAUUCUGUUCAAUUCCAGACUUUGGGAAAUACAUAAUGUUGUUAGACGAUUCAUACCUUGUUCCUUUUAUUUUUGAUUUUUGAACUGACUUACAAUUGUAUCAAACUAUUAUUUAUCAUUUUUUUUUUGUGGCUAAUAAA